AUGCACUAUUAUGGGGAGCGGUAUAAACACCUGUACCUGCCAGGAUCGAGCUAUAUCACCGAAAGCAUCCAGCAGUGCACGCCCCAGUCUGAUGCGUGCAGUACCACGUGCCACCCAGUGAGUGUGAUCAAGAGCCCGAUGCCGAGAUGGCAAAGCUACACGCAACCUUUCACUUACAUGUGCCCACAGCCAAGUGUGACCCAGACACCUCUGCUGUCUUGUCAGCCCUGUGUACAGCAGUGUGUCCUGCUGUACCCUGAGAUUUGCGAGACCACUCGCCUUCUGCCCUGCAGGAAGCCCAGCCUGAAGCUGAGCACAACGCAGAGUUUCCAGCCCUGCGAGACCAGCUGCCCCGAGAAAAAGCAUACGGCCAAGAGCCUCCCACCAUGCGCACCCAGGUGCCCAGAGCCGGGCAAACUCAAGUUCCCACCGUGUGGGAUCAAGUACUCGUCCUCGUGCAAGGACGAAUGCAGGUCGCAGAAGAUAUCCAAAUGCUCGUCGCAGGGGUACAGCACGGAGCACCGGUCCCUGCAGGGGACGACCAGCGGCUAUUCCCUGCCGCUGCGGGGAGUCACUGAGUGCCCCCCGCAGCAGUGCGUAACGCAGUCUUUUCUGCAGGAGUACGUGAGCGGGUUCCCCCAGCAGAAGUGCAUGAAGGGCUACCCGACGCAGGAGUGCGUCACCACCUACUCCUCGCAGCAGUGUGUAACCAAGUGCCUGCCGCAGCCGCAUGUGCCCAAGUGUCCCCCUGGGCAGGCAAUAAAGGAGUGCUCCUUGCAGCAACGCGCAGCCAAAUGCUCGCUGCCGCAGGAAGGAGCCAAGCACAAGAGCUCAUCGAUGCAACACCUAAGCAAGUCCAAGUGCCUCUACCCACGGGCCACCCUGCACUCGACGCAGCAUCACGCAGGGGGAGUGAAACGUUCAAGCCACUCCAAGAAGAGUCGCUGUGCUUCAAAAUGUCUGUGCUAA